UGGUUUUUCAACCUCAUUGGGAAAAUGAGAUAAUCUGAUUUUUCUGAUUGUUGUUUAUGUUUUAGUAAUUAACUAUCUCUGGGAUCUUUAAUUACACAGUUAACCAUCGAUAGAAGUUAAUUGUGACAAUUUGGUUAAAUUGUUGAAGAAAAGAGUAACAAAUCAUCUCAAGACCAGUUUGGGUUGAGAACAUGUGAUUAUAUUUUCUGGUUUCUUUUUCUUUCCAGUCAUUGUUUUGAUUUCUUUUUGUUCAUUUGUUUCCCUCUUCUAAUUAAUUCUGUAAACUGAUGUUCAAAGGUGAAUCCUGAAUAAUUCCAGUGUUUCUUUGUUAUCUCUAUGUGUUCAUGUUUCUCUCGCCAUCUCUCAAAAGUAAAUGAGAAAACCAACAACAAUUAAAAUCUAAAUUACCACCAAUUUCCACAGUUAAUUAGAUUGUAUUUCAAUGUCAAAUAUUCAUUGAUGAUGUACCAACAAUCAGUAAUCAUUUAUUUGAUUACAUUCCAACAAUUAGCCGGUUAAUUAUCAACCUUUUCCUGUUGAUUACUUCACCCUCUCUCUCUCUCGCAAUUGUUAUUACUUUCAAACAAUCUGAUGUUUCAUUUGUACCCUUGAAUAAGAAUCAUCAGCCUGGAGAGUUUAAUCAAUCAGGCUUUCCAAUUAAGCUCUGGAUAAUCAAGCAACGUCUCAUAGACACAUUAUAAGUGUUUAAACCAACGUGCUAAUCAAAUUGACUUAAUGUUGAGCCUAAAAGAUUACAAUCAACCUUGAAACGUUGAUUAUCUUGGUGAUAACACUUAAUCGGUUGAUCAAUACUUGAAUUAAUCUUGUAAAUUGUCAAGAACACGUUAAACUGAAUCUUCAAACAUGAUAUCAAUUAUCACUUUCAUGUAAUACUAAUUGAAUAACUUGUUACCCUGAAUUGAUAUAACCUAAAUUCUGGUGUGAAAGGCCAAAAGGACAUCUUAUAAUUAACUGUUCCAAGGAGACUGAUCGUCGAUAUGGAUGUUGAAAUUAAAUUAUCCAAACAACGAUUCCUUGUAUUGGGUCUUCAUUGUCUUACCAUUUUCCAUAUAAAUUCACAAUGGACUCAAUUCCAAGUGAUAGCUGAUGUUUGCCGUUCUUAUUUUAAUGUUACCAACACUGACCUCGACUGGACCGUCACAAUUUGGUAUCCAGUUUAUAUGGUUGGUUGUUUUAUCUCAGCCAUUUGUUUGGAUAAGAUUGGUAUUCGUUUCUGUAUCCUAAUGGCCUCACUUGCCAAUCUCGCUGGAUCAGCUGUUAAAUAUUUCUCAAUAGUUUAUUCAAAUUUUAUCCUUGUCUGUUUUGGUCAAGCUUUAGCCGCUGUUGGUCAAGUUUUCACAUUUUUCUUACCCGUUAGUGUGGCUUCAACUUGGUUUCCAGCUGAAAUUGCCUCAACCAUCACAGCGGUUGCACUUUUCCCAAUUUACAUUGGCGGUGGAUUGGGUUACCUGUUACCAACUUUAUUUGUACCCAACGAUACGACCCCAAGUGUCCAAAAAACUGACCUGAAACGUUUCCAUCUUGUAUAUACAAUCUCAGCGGGUGUAAUAUUGGUUAUUAACUUAAUUUUCUUUAAAAAUCGGCCCAAACACCCGCCAAGUUUAGCCUCAGCCAAAGCCUCAGUUAACGGAGCGGGAUUUCUUAAAGCAUGGAGAUCAAUUUUAACCAAUCGAAACUCAAAUUUUAUCCUCGUCAGUUACACUUUUCUUCAAUCAAUAACCAAUGUUGUUCUCGCCCUAUUAAGUCCAAUGGUGGAGAAAGAUUUUCCCGGUCAAAAUUCAUUCAUUGGUAUUCUUGGUGCUGUUGUGGCCAUUUUAAGUAUCCCUGGAUCGGGAGCACUUGCUUGGGUAACCGAUAGGACUCGAAAAUAUCGACUGGUCACUCUUCUUAUGUGUAUAUUUAUGUUCCCGUUGUUCGGUCUUUUCAUCUAUUCUCUUAAAGUUGGAAGUAAAAUUUUCGUCUUCAUCAUAGUCAUUUGUCUUGGAUUAUUACUCGAAGGUACUUUUCCAAUAGGUAUGGACUUUAUUGUUCAGGCCAAUUAUCCAAUGUCCGAAUCAAUUUGUGCCACUCUAAUGAUGUUCUGUAAUCAAGGUGUCAGUUGGGCGGCUACGGAUGCAGUUUCCUAUCUUCUUCAUAAUUACAAUUUAUAUUACGCUUUUACCCCAAUUCUAUUGAUGACAAUUAUCGCUCUAAUUUCUGCAAUAUUCACCAAAGAUAAUCUUAAUCGCGAUGCCGCUAACACCGAAUCGACCAACAUUAUUGUCUCUUCAAUUUCAAAUCAAAACUAUUCAUCAACCAGCCCAACAAAUCAAGUGAUUACUAGUUAAUUUAAUUUUUCAACACAAAAAAAGAACCAAAAAAUCACUUAUUCAGAUAGAAAUUAAAUUCAAAUACUAAUUUCUAUUUAAAUGAUUACACCUUUUAUAUGAUUUUCUCACAAUAACAACCUGAACAAUCAAUACAAUUCAAUCGUCAUCAAACUGAUUAUCAAUUCGACUCGUAGCUGUAAAAUUAAGACAAAAAGUAAUAUCAAUGUACAAUAUUUAAUAAUAAAAUCAUCAAGAAUUCGAACAUUUUUAAAUAUUAAUUAGUACAGAUGAGCAGAUAGAGAAGCGUCUCAAUAUUAUUCAUUGAGUUAGGACGACUAUUUAAGCUGCUUAAUAGUGGGACAAACGUACGAAUUUCAUCCAAGAGCAGAACCACAAUUAGGAAAACACAAAUCAUCUCCGCCGCCGUAACCACUACCGCCAGAAAGAUCACCACCAUUACCGUCACCGUUGAGCUGACAGGAUAAAGAUGACAUAAGCCCCAUAAAAAUGACGAUGAACAGGAAACAAUUUAAAGUUAUACGUUGAAGACCCAUAGUUUUUUGUAUUAAUCAAUUUAAAAUUUCUUCGUUGAGAUGAUCACUUAUUCGGAUGGAAAUUAAAUUCAAUUGCUGUUUUCUAUUCAAAUGAUUUUACCUUUUAUAUGAUUUUCUUAAAACAACAACUUGAAGGAUUAAUACACGUGGACAAUUUCAUCGUUAAUUAGUGAAUUUAUUAUUUAAUCAGUAAAUUUUUGUAUAUUUACAUUUACAUAAAGGAAGCAUCCGAAUAUCAAACAAUCAACAAAAGUGCAAGUAGAAAAUUUAAUACGACGAAGUUGAAUCUUAUCAGUUCGGAACUGGAAGUUGCAUCAUUUAUAGUUAGUUAGUUUCUACAAUCAAGCUCAAAAGUUUGGGAACGAUAAAAAUUAGUUAAUUUAAUAUUAACUGACCAGAAUUAAAUUGCAUGAAAAUGUUCACAAGUAGUGUUUAAAGGUCUUAAGGAUGUUUAUAUCAGAAACCGUGAAUCGUAUUAAUUGUAUGAUUGUCAUUUCAAAGACGAUUCCAUAAUGAAUUAACUUAUAUUGAUAUUUAUAAGUAAAAAUCAAUAAACAAUUUACUAUUAGUAAUAGUUAAUAGUUUGAUUAGAUGUGAUUACUCAGUUUAUUAUUUUGGGUGUUCGGUGCAUAAUGAGAUGUUAUUAGUUUUGUUUCAACGAAAACAGGGUAACAAGUCUCACAAAAUUCGUAUCUUCUUUGAAGAUUUAGUUUAAUCUAUUUGCGACAAUUUAAAAGAUUAAUUCAACAGUUUGUCAAUCGACUAAGACUUUUUAGGGCUUAAAUGACCAAGACAAUUAACAUUUUAAAUUUAAUUGAAAUUGAUAGUGAGCUCUUUUUUCACUUGUGAAUAGUUCGAGGUGCACAAAAUCACCUUAACUACAUGUAUAAGCUAAACUACGUCUUGUUAAUUAGUGAAUUCAUUAUUUAAUCAGAUAAUUGUUGUAUAUUUGCAUAGAGGUAUCACCCAAAUGUCAAACAAUCAACAAAAGUGCAAGUAGAAAUUGAAGUGAAAAUUUGAUGCGACGAAUCUUAUCAGUUGAAUAGUUUAAUCAUUUAGUUGAUUACUACAAUGAAAUCAAACUACAAGUAUAUUCUGUUCAUUUGUUUUAUAAUUUCGAGUACAAUAAUCGGUUCGAUGGGUCAAGCUAGUGGACAAAAUCUGAAGGGUCUCAAUGCGAUCGCCAAUCUUAUUCCUGAUCAACUUGCCGAAACUGCAAGAAUAACCGAUUCAAUUCGAAGGUUCUUCUUUGGUACCGUGGCGGAAUCGGUGUUUGGUUGGAACGAUAUGCUUGCUCAGUCUCUUGGUUAUAAGUCCAAGUGACCGAUCAUCCCGGCGAAUCCUCAUCACCUCGCUAACGAAAUUGUCGAAUAACAUGAAAUGUCCAAUGCUCAAGAUUAUGAAUAAAUGAAGAAACAAAUGA